UUAGAUUCUGCAAAUUCAGUCACCUCAAUUCACCUGAGGCAACACAAACCCUUCAAUUUGCUUCGGAUUUCUCCAUAAAAAUGGCUCUAGCUGUUACGUCUUCUUCGUCUUCCACCGCAAUCUCCGCCCGGUCCUUCUCCUCCGACCUCAAAGCUCCGCAAUUAGGCUCGUUCCGCGUGCCGAGCCAGGCGGCGACGUAUGCAUCGCAGAGGUUGAGCUCCGUGAAGGCUCUGAACGCUCAGCCGAAGCGGAGCGAUUCGAUUGUGCCGCUCGCGGCGACGAUUGUUGCGCCUGAGGAGGUUGAGAAAGUGGAGGUGGAGAACUAUGAGCAAUUGGCCAAGGAGCUCGAGAGUGCUUCGCCUCUUCAGAUCAUGGACAAGGCGCUUGAGAAAUUCGGCAACGACAUUGCUAUUGCCUUCAGUGGCGCUGAGGAUGUUGCCUUGAUUGAGUAUGCCCAUUUAACUGGGAGACCCUACAGGGUGUUCAGUUUGGAUACUGGGAGGCUGAACCCGGAAACAUAUCAGUUCUUUGACACGGUGGAGAAGCACUAUGGUAUUCACAUUGAAUACAUGUUUCCAGAUUCCGUUGAAGUUCAGGCACUGGUAAGGAGCAAGGGCCUGUUCUCUUUCUAUGAGGAUGGACACCAGGAAUGCUGCCGUGUGAGGAAGGUGAGACCACUUCGGAGAGCCCUUAAGGGCCUGCGUGCCUGGAUCACUGGCCAAAGGAAAGAUCAAUCUCCAGGUACCAGGUCUGAAGUUCCUGUUGUCCAGGUUGACCCUGUUUUUGAGGGUUUGGAUGGUGGGGCUGGCAGCCUGGUGAAGUGGAAUCCAGUCGCUAAUGUGGAGGGUGGUGAUGUGUGGAACUUCCUUCGUGCCAUGAAUGUGCCUGUGAAUUCACUGCACUCCCAGGGAUACAUUUCAAUUGGUUGUGAGCCAUGCACAAGGUCAGUCCUACCAGGACAACAUGAGAGAGAAGGAAGGUGGUGGUGGGAGGAUGCGAAGGCAAAGGAGUGUGGUCUUCACAAAGGUAAUCUCAAACAGGGAGAGGGUGAAGCAAAUGGAAACGGAAAUGGAGCUGCCAAUCCCAACGGAACUGCCACAGCUGACAUUUUCAUUUCCCAGAAUUUGGUCACCUUGAGCCGGCAUGGAAUAGAGAAUUUGGCAAAUCUUGAGAACCGGCAAGAACCAUGGAUUGUAGUACUCUAUGCACCGUGGUGCCAAUUUUGUCAGGCAAUGGAAGCAUCAUACGAUGAGUUGGCCAACAAGUUGGCAGGGAGUGGUGUGAAGGUAGGAAAGUUCAGAGCAGAUGGUGACCAAAAGGAGUAUGCCCAGAAAGAACUUCAACUCGGAAGCUUCCCUACAAUACUUUUCUUCCCAAAACACUCUUCUCGGCCAAUUAAGUACCCAUCAGAGAAGAGGGAUGUUGAGUCACUGAUGGCAUUCAUCAAUGCCCUUAGGUAAUAAAAUCUUUUGAAAUGCUUAUAGAAUCUAGCCUAGUAAUUCCAAACCACAGAUGUUCAAGCUCCAAAUCAUCUCUUCAUGCCUCAAAGGUGUAGUCAACAUUGAGUUGGCAAACCAGACGGAGCCGAAAGAUAAAGCUUCAUUGAUUCUACUUGGAAUCGAUGAUUAGAAACUGUAUCAUGCUUAUGUUUCGUAUCGUGGGGAUGCUCUGUAUCUACCGUGUAUUCUCACCUUAAGUCGCUGUCCCUUUGGGAUUGUGUUGUUUUGGAUUUCUUUUGAGGUAGAUAUCGUCUUUUGUAAGAGUCAGUUUUGAAUGUCGAAUUGGAUAGUAUGUUUCUUGUUGAAUGUAUCAUAUUUCAGAGUA